UUCAGGCGACCUCCCAGCUGUUGAUGUUGUGCUCAUAUAUGUCUGCGGUUGCGCUAGUGACGAUGUUACACACUCCGAUACAGUAGGAGGCGGCAUCCAGCUUUACCGUCGGCUUGUAUCCCACCAGAAAACUACAGAGGAAGAAGAAGAAGAAAAAGAAGAAGAAGUUGCUGUUGUGCUGUCAGAUUAGUGAAGGGAGCAGGAGCCAAAUGGCUAAAGUGGAGCUGACACCGUUCAGACCGUGGGACGACUUCUUCCCCGGAGCGGAAAGAUUCGCUAAACCAGACACCAAAGAUUUAGCGAAAUGGAACAACAGAGUUGUCAGCAACCUGCUUUAUUAUCAGACAAAUUAUUUGGCUAUGGCCAUCGUUGUUUUCCUCAUUGUCGGGUUCCUGAACCCCCUGGGGAUGUUCACAGCCAUGGCCGUGGUGUCGGGCGUCUUCAUGGGUUCGGUGUGGGCCGGAGAGAACAGAGCUGUGAUCAGCAACUUCAAGAGGCACAAUCCCACAGCGUUUGUGGUCGCCGUCAUGGUCGCCAGCUACUUUGUAAUCUCUAUGCUGGGGAGCGUCAUGGUGUUUAUGACUGCAAUCACUUUACCUCUGGCUUUGAUAUUUGCACAUGCUUCAUUUCGCCUCCGCAACAUGAAGAAUAAACUGGAGAACAAGAUCGAAGGAGCCGGACUGAAGAGGUCACCCAUGGGCAUCUUGCUGGAGGCUCUGGGUCAGCAAGAGGAAAACUUUCAAAAGAUCCAGAGCUUUCUGGAGGGAAAACUGAAGGAGUGAUUGGGCUUGGACAAGGAGCACACCUCUGGCCAAAGAUCUUGACUUUUUCUUUUGGAUGUAACACAAUUCUGUAGAUCUCAAUCUAGACCUAGAUCUUGAAGUUUGUUUCCUAUACAGUGUGUUUACCUGUGUGUGUUUUGAAAAGAAGGCUUGUAAUCUGAAGGGCUUAUCUUUACCUCAGGGUGUCUGUCAUUCCACCCAGAACUUGUCAGGGCACUUUUCUGACAAACACAUGGGGGCAUCUCAGCUCUGCCUCACAUCUCUGCUAUGCAAUGUGUCAGUGUUCCUGUGAAGCACAGCUGCAGACUCCUUUCUAGGUAUUACAUCUGUGUUUAAUCAGUCUCUGAAACAGCCGUUAUUCCUGCCAGUUUACACACGACUAAAAUUGUGAAAGUGUUGCUUUGUAACAAAGAAUUAAAAAAAGUGCACACUCAACACACAUCACUGCCAAGCUACUCUGCAGGCCGGAUUGUUUCAAGUUUUUGAAUCACGUCUCCUUGCAUAAAAUGGAACAGUUUACUUUAGUACACAUUUGAAUAUAAACCAGCCAACCGUAUGUUUAUGCAAAUAAAAAGAGCAGGACAAAAGAGAAAGCACCACUUUGUCUUCAGCUUUGAAAUACUUGUGACUCCAAACCCAGACGCAAAUCACUGUGUCAAUAUUUAAAAUGAAGACUUCAAAGGAGUGUGAGGUCCUAACCCAUGCCCAUCAGUAUUCCUCCUGCACAUCUCGACUGUUUAAUCUUGACAGUGCCCCCUGGGUGAUGGAUUGGCUAACUUUGCUUUCCUUUCCACUUACCCCAAAUGCUAAUCAAUGGGCUGCUGUAGAUUAUAGUGUGGAGAGCUGAGCGCUGCACAGUGACGGAGUGGAUUCAUCUGCAGUCAUUCACCUCCAAACCCGAGUUAGUCGCUGUGUCAGCUACUUCAGAUGUUUUUUUUUAUUAUUGGAUUCCAUUUGAAAUUGACUGCAGAUAACGAGAACCCAUCUGGAACAUAAUGUUCCGUUAUUUGGUCGUUAAGUGGCAGCGUGUAAGGAUUGGGGGAAACAUGAAGAUAAGAAUGAUGGGCAUUAAAAAAAGUAAUCACUUCAGAGGGCUGGUGUUUCAAAGUGUUCGUGUUAACCCUUUGCUUUCCAAACGAUGGAAAUCCAUUUCAGACAGCAUCAUUUCUCUGUAAGGAAUGCAUGGCAUUUUUUUUUAAAUGAUGACCUCUGCACACUCAGGUGUAAUAGUAUUCCAGUGGCUCUCCAGUUUAACUUUGACUCUGGCUGCGGGGCUCCCCCCCACUCUGUGCUACAGUAGUGAUUUAUGUCCUUUCCCGCGGUGCCUCAUCUCCAUCCACAUUGUGCAACUUGGAGGAGUGAACACCAGCGCUGGUGGCAAUAAACUCAAGUAAAGUCAUGUCUCCCAGAGCACAGUGGAGGCUGUUGUUCUUGCUGCUGCAGCUGCUGUGAGGAUCCCACCAACACAUGUGCAAGCUGCUGCACCCCCAACAGGUGUGCAUCUUUGGUGUUUUCUCCUCAGCACACGUGUAAUCCAGGAGAGGAAGUGCAGUUGCACUGUACAAAACAACACUUAUCCUUUCUUGGUUUUUUUUUUGUUGCAUGCAUGCAUCAACAACACUUGACUAACUUGUCAUUUUGAAACAACCAUAAUUGCUUCCAAAGAUAAUCUUCAGUGAGGCAACAGUAGUCAGUGGAUGUGACACAAAAGCAAACCUGUGUACUGUUUUUGCACCAGCUGCUAAGUAACAACACUGUUCUCCCUGUGCAGGCUUUUGACUUUCAACAUCUGCCUCCUGUUU